AUCAAUCAUAACUUUGAGUUUCUGCUCUUUCUUCUGUCACUCAUUUAUCUUCUUUUGUCCUUUCCAAGAUAUUUUCCCAACCUUGGCCUGGUUUAUCAUCUCUUCUCCAGCUUGAGUUUGUUUUCUGCUAGAUGGGUGAAAUUGAAGUUCCUUCUCAUUUUCUUUGUCCGAUUUCCAUGGAGCUCAUGAGAGAUCCGGUCACCGCCGUCACCGGCAUAACUUACGACAGGGAAAGCAUAGAAAAAUGGCUGUUUUCGGGCAAGAACACUACUUGUCCCGUCACGAAGCAAGACCUGUCCGACACCGAUCUAACCCCAAACCACACGCUCCGCCGUCUGAUCCAAGGGUGGUGUACCCUUCAUGCCUCCCACGGUAUUGAACGGAUUCCCACCCCAAAGCCGCCGGUCGACAAAGCCAAGGUUGAGAAACUCGUCAACGAUGCGAACAAGUUCCCGCAAAUGCAGCUUGAAUGCAUCCAAAGGCUGAAGUCUCUCGCACUCGAAAGCGAAAGGAACAGGAAGUGUUUAGAAGAAGCCGGUGCAAUUGAAUUCCUUGCUUCAGUCAUAAUCAAGAAUGAAUAUCCCAUGGCAGUCGAAGCAACUUCGGACCAUGAAUCCGACCUCCCAAGUGCUAGAGAUGAAGCCCUCAGCAUCCUUUAUCAUCUUGAAACCUCGGAAGCUAGUCGUAAAAAGCUCGUGCCUAGCAAUAAUGGAGAAUUCAUGGAGUCCUUGGUGCAAGUCUUGGCUUGUGGCAGAUGCCAAUCUCGCACUGAUGCCGUGUUGCUACUGAAAUCGGUGUUUGAGGUUGCCGAUCCAAAUCAACUGAUCGGCGUUGCUCCCAAAUUAUUCAUUGGGAUAACAAGCGUAUUGCGCGAGAAGAUCUCGUACCAAACUUCUAAAGCUGCAUUGAAACUUCUUAUGGAGAUCUGCCCGUGGGGGAGGAACCGGGUCAAGGCGGUGGAAGCCGGUGCGGUUUUUGCCUUGGUCGAGCUUCUUCUUGAUGCACCCGAGAAGAGGAUCAGUGAACUUGUACUGGUUGUGUUGGAUCAGCUAUGCAGCUGCGCUGAAGGGCGGGCGGAACUGGUAAGGCACGCCGCUGGGGUGGCCAUAGUAUCGAAAAAGAUUCUUAGGGUUUCCCAUUUGGCCAGCGAUAGGGCAGUGAAAAUACUGUCUUCGGUUUGUAGGCUCUCGGCAUGCUCUAGGGUUCUUCAGGAAAUGCAGCAAGUAGGUGUUGUUUCGAAGUUGUGUUUAGUGCUUCAAAUGGAAAGCAGCUUGAAGACCAAAGAGAGGGCAAGGGAGAUCCUCAAAUUGCACUCAAGGGUUUGGAAGCACUCUCCAUGCAUCCCUCCUCGUUUGCUCUCUUCAUAUCCCGCUUCAUGAAAUUCAAGGGUUUAUUUUUUGUGUACAGAAAUUAUUGGGAAAAAAAGAUUUUUUUUUUCUUUUUUUCAAAUGGUGAUGAAUGGUAUCAAAGGGUACCUAGAACUAGAAGAUAGAGGAGUUUCAAAAUAAAAUUUAUUGUUUGAAAA